UACCCAGGGAUACCUGUGUCAGAAACUAGGUGUAUUAUAGGUGGUGCUUGAGACUCAUUUGUAAUAGUAAAUGAAUCAGAUGAUCCAACCUCCUCCUGAGUAGCACUGGCCAAACCUGUCCCACCUGUUCUCCUGAAACUCUUCUCCUUGUGUAUUGAGACUUCAGGCCGAUAAGGAAACCGAUCUCAAAACUAUCCCGGAUAAGACCCUGUAGUAAGGAAGCACUGAGAAGAUUGUCACUGCUCUGCUGCACGUCUUGUGUGCCUCUAUGAAGAACGAUGUCGCGUUCCCAGAGAAGCGCAAAUAGCAACAGGAUUCCACCGUCCCACAAAUCAUACGAUGAUAGAUCGAGGAGGGAACGACCCAGCCACAAUGGUUCAACAAAUCAAGACCAUCCUAGAUACCAACUUGACCAUGAAAGGAGAGACCGGAGAUCACAUGAAAGGUUGACUUCACAGACACCGGUACGAAGCCAAAAUUCUAGAGCACCAACAGUUGUUUCAGACCAUCAUUCAAGGCACGGUAGACCAUCCCCUUCACAGUACAAUCAUUCUACUCCCAGAAGCCAUGUGGAGAAGCAGACCUUCUCAGAAAAGUGCUCCAAUCUAUGUUCAAGAAGAGGUAUGUUGCAGCUGGUGGAGAUUCUUCUAAACCUGUUGAUCUUGAUAUGUGCUUCAACUACUGAAAGUGCAUCAGCCGGAUUUUCCAGCAUUGGAGGAUUUGGCAGUGCUUACUACUACAGCAUGGGCUAUACUAUGAGUGGAUUUGUAGGGGACGAAGUGAAUCAGGUUGCACAAUUGGACGUACAGUACAGCCGAAUGAAACUGCCCACUAUUUAUGCUGCUGUUGCCAUCAGUCUUCUUAUGCUUACUUUGACAUUGUCAUUUUUGUCAGCCAGUUGCGUGUCUAAUGUUGCCCAUAACAGAAAGCUUUUACUGUCUGAAGUGGUCUUUAAUGUGAUAUCUGCCCUCAUCUAUAUUGUGUGUGUUGCACUCUAUAUUCACUUUAUUGAACAGAUUAACGCUACAGAAUUGUGUAAGCAACGUGCGUCCCUCUACCAUCGUCGUGGCUUCAAUUCCGUGACCUGUGACAUAAUGGGCACAGAGAUGGCAGCAUCUGUGUUUGCUGUGAUUAUCAUAGCCCUAUAUGUUGCUAGUGCAGUGGUUGCAGGUCUGUUAUUGCGAAUUAAAAAAUCUGAUGGAAAAGUCUCGGACUCAGAGGCCUUAAAAAGGACUAAAGAAGAAGACAAUUCCCAACUGUUUAGCCUCACUAAUGAGAAUAUAAAACAGGAAGGAAAUUAAUUUAUUGGACGUAUUAUUUAACAUUCAGUUUUGCUUUGGAUUGUGAUUUUGCAUUCAACACAACAGGAGCUAUCAAUGGUUGAAGACUAGCAGCUGAUAUACACAGACAAACACUUCAUUGCAAAAUGGUGCAUUUUUAGUGCAGAUCUACUACAUUGGGUUUACAUGGUCUUUGUACAAGACCACCCCCCCAAGAAAGAUCACAAUUUACUUUCCUAACAGAAAAUGAAAGGGUCAGUCCACCUAAAAAUUUUGGUAAAUGCUGGAGGAUUAUGCUGGAUACAGACUAUAACUUUCUUUAGAUUUUUUCCUUUUUAAAUUAACUAAAGCCAUAUAAUAUGAGGUCAAACCUAAACACUUUUUGUUUGUAUGCAGUCAGGCAGGCCCUUGCACAAUAUAGUUGUAGGUAAAUCUAACAAAAAAAGAUGUAUAGUGUGUUUCAUUUUCUUAUAUCUCUUAGGCCGCGUACACACGGUCAGACAAAACCGAUGAGAAUGGACCGAGGUUCAGUUUCAUCGGUCCAAACC